AUGUUCCUCCUUUUUGCCUUAUCUGCAAUUUUCCUUUUUUUUAACUUUUUUACUCUUUCCCGGGUAUUUCAGAUUUUGUUCUUAUUUUUACUUUUCUUUAUUGCAUUGUUCCUUUCUUUUCUUUUUUGCACAUUUCUAUUUAUCUUUUUUCUUUUUCUCGUUUUUUCUUUUUUCUUUUCUGUCUCUUUCAUUUUUUUCCUUUUCUGCCUUUUCCUUUUUUGCCUUUUAUGCUUUUUCCUUUUCUGCCUUUUCCUUUUUCGCCUUUCAUGCUUUUUCCUUUACUACCUUUCCUUUUUUGCCUUUUAUGCUUUUUCCUUUUUUGCCUUUUCAUUUUUCGCCUUUUAUGCUUUUUCCUUUUCUACCUUUCCUUUUUCGCCUUUUAUGCUUUUUCCUUUUUUGCCUUUUCCUUUUUCGCCUUUUAUGCUUUUUCCUUUUCUGCCUUUUCCUUUUUUGCCUUUUUUGCCUUUUAUACUUUUUCCUUUUAUACUUUUCUGCUUUUUACUUUUUUCUUUUUCUGCUGUUUCCGUUUUCAUCUUUUGCUCUUUUUAUUUUAAUUUACUGCUUCUUCCAUUUUUUUCUGCUUUUUUAACUUCUUCUUUUCCUUUUAUACCUUUUUCUACUUUUUCUUUACACCACUUUCACUCUUUUUCUUCUUUUGUCCUUUAUUCUUUUUUCUGCCUUCUCCGUUUUUGUUUUGUUUCCUUUUUGCUUUGUUUUCCCUCUUCUGCUUUUUUCCUUUUCCAUUUCUGCUUUUUUCCUUUUUUCUUUACCACUUUUUCCUUUUUCAUACUAUUUCUCCUUUUUUCCUGUUUUUAA